AAGACCAGCAGGAGGCUACAGACGGCAGUAUGCUAGUAGAGGCUAGUGCUGUUACAAGGAUUCAUGAGCCACAUUUACGACAUAGAUUUUAAUACUUAAAUUGAGACUUAGUCAUGUCUCAGGUGGAGAAGAAAGCAGGGCUGCUUAGGAGGACAUCAUCCUCUAAAAAACCCUUGAAAGAGAAGGUGGUGCUGAUGUAUGAUGAGAUUUUUGCAAAAGAGAACCCCGCCAAAAACAACCCUCGCUUCUGGGAUGAGCUGUUUCUUAUGAAGGUGAACCUAGAGUACCUGGAAUCUAAGUUGGAGAGUGUAGAUGGAGAAGAGGUUCAGCGCAUUCAAGACAACAUCAACUCUUUGUUCCACCACUGUGUUCAGGCUCUGGGAGAGGAGCACCAGAUCAAAGUGGUCAAUGCCCUGCAGACUUUGUGCGCACUUUUCCGAGGGGUUCAUCAGAAGAACAAGUCAGCGUCUGGCUUUGACAUUAUCAACAUGCUCAUGGGCUUUGACAAGGCUGAGCAAAGGAUGAAGGACCUGAUGGAGAGACUGGACAGCCUUCUUUGUGGAGAUGGCUCAGAAAGUCUGAAGAGCCUUUGUCUCAAACUGCUGCUGUGUCUGGUGACGGUAACAGACAAUAUUAGUCAGAACACCAUCCUGGAAUAUGUGAUGAUCAACAGCAUCUUUGAAGCCAUUCUACAAAUUCUAUCAGAUGUAUCCAGUAGAGGGCAGCAUGGUUACGAUGCCGUGGUCCUUCUGGCUCUCCUGGUCAACUACAGGAAAUAUGAGUCUGUGAAUCCAUACAUUGUGAAGCUCUCAAUUGUGGAUGAUGAGCCAACACUAGAUGGAAUGGGCAUGGUCGUCCACCAGGCUCUGACAGAAUAUAACAGACAGUACAAAGACAAGGAGGAGGAGAACCAGGGAGGGUUCUUCUCUACCCUAACUAGUAUGGUGGGCAGCAUGUUUAUAGCAGAUGCUGAUGAGAAACUCUCUGUACAGACAAAUGAGGCGAUUCUGUUGGCACUCUAUGAGGCUGUGCACCUCAACCGCAACUUCAUCACUGUAUUAGCACAGAGCCACCCUGAGAUUGACAUCGCAGUCACACCGACCACUCCUACUCCGACGACCCCCACGACACCACUUGGCACAACGCCGCCCUCCCUAGACAUGAUGAACAACCCAGAGCUGCCUCUGGAUCCCAACCUGCAGACCAGCAACCUUCUCAUCACCUUCCUCAAGUAUGCCUCCAUUGUAAUGCAGGAUACUAAAGAUGAGCAUCGACUCAACAGUGCCAGACUGUGCCUAAUCAUCCUCACCUGUAUAGCAGAGGACCAGUAUGCUGAUGCCUUUCUUCAUGAUGACAAUAUGAACUUCAGAGUCAAUCUGCACAGAAUGCCCAUGAGGCACAGAAAAAAAGCAGUGGACAAGAACAUCCCUUCACGGCCACUGGUGUGUGCUGUUCUAGACUUGAUGGUGGAAUUUAUUGUCACUCAUAUGAUGAAGGAUUUCCCCAUGGAUUUAUACUUGCGCUGUGUGCAGAUCAUCCACAAACUCCUGUGCUACCAGAAGAAAUGCAGAAUCAGAUUACACUACACCUGGAGGGAGCUUUGGUCAGCCCUCAUCAACCUGCUGAAGUUCCUGCUGUCAAAUGAGACCACACUGCUGGCCAAGCACAACAUCUUUCAUCUGGCCUUACUGGUAGUGAACUUGUUCAACAUGUUCAUUACAUACGGCGACACGUUCCUGCCCACCUCCAACAGCUACGAUGAGCUGUACUAUGAAAUUGUACGAAUGCACCAGGUCUUCGACAACCUCUACUGCAUGGUUCUGAGAGUAUCAACUAACACGGGCCAGUGGAAGGAGGCGGCCAGCAAGGUCACGCAUGCCCUUGUCAAUGUUCGGGCCAUCAUCAACCAUUUUAACCCCAAGAUUGAGUCGUAUGCUGCCGUGAACCACAUCUCCCAGCUGUCAGAGGAACAGGUGUUGGAGGUGGUACGAUCCAACUAUGACACACUGACCCUCAAACUGCAGGAUGGUCUGGACCAGUUUGAGAGAUACUCAGAGCAGCCCAAAGAGGCUGCUUUCUUCAAGGAGCUGGUGCGCUCCAUCAGUCUGAAUGUGAGGAAGAACGUCUCUUUGAACACACUGAGUCAGGACGUCCUGCUCAAGGAGUUUUCCACCAUCUCCUGAGACACACACACACACACACACACACACACUCACACUCCCCAGUCCUUCACCUCACUUCAAAUGGACACACACAGUACAUUUUACAUGUGUGUGGACAUGUGUGCAUACUUUUUAACACAUACAAACAAACCAGUGCAGUCCUCUAUCUUUAUUUCCAUCAGUCAUCUUGAUUUCUCUCUUCUUGUCUCUUGUGAACUGAACAUUGGAAACCCACAGAGACGGACACACUGACAGACUGGAUGCACCUUAAGGAAAAAACUGAAAAUUUUCCAGACUUUGUGGUUGUUUGUGUGUGUGUAUGUGUGAUUUCUUUAAGGAAGUGCCCGUAUUGCACAGGAUCCUCGUGUGCAAUUUGCAGUAUUGGCUGGACUGUUAACUGACCCAUGAAAGUUUGGAGUUAAGAUAGUAAACCCAGUAUUUUUAACCCAGAUCUUCAUCUCCACCUUUUCUGCCACUGAUGUUGUGGUAAGUAGUUUCUGCUGUCAAACUGAUCACAGUACAUGGUUUAUGGUUUAUUUCUCCAGUAAUUAUUUCUGAAAAUUUAGGCAUUGAGUGGAACAUUAUGCUCUUCCUAACAGCAUUGGUAAUGGUGAUCCUGAGCCUUUUUGAGUGAAUCUUACUCUGAAUCCUCUUGGAUUUGAGCAUUAACUUUUUCUUUGCAGCUGAAUGCUUGUAGUGUGAAUGUUGACAUAAUUCUCUACAUGUCCAAAAUAAAUCUACAAGUAUUUUGUAUUACGUUUGCUAACUUGAGGAUGCUCUGAAGUGAUAAAGAAAACCUUUUUAUUGUCGUUGCAAACCUUUGUUUUUGAACAAAGCCAUGAUUAAUCUUCAUUAAUGUAAAUCGCACAAGUCAUUUCUAAAUUAGUCUGAAUGUGUUGAAGUGAGUGGCCAGUCAAGGAGGAAAACUAGUCAUACAGUGGUUAAACAGUGGUUAAUCAUCGGUUAUAAAAGUGAUUGCUGGUGUUUUUUUUUCCGCAGUCAGUUUGGUAAAGAAAUAGAGCCCAACAUUCAUCCAUUUAACUCCUCCUUGCUCUUUCCCAUUCAGUACAUUUAAAAUGAUUUUUUUUUUUUUUUUGAGUGGAAGCAGAUCUGAAUUAUGCAAUUUAUUCAAGUGUAGGGUCUUCUUUCUUUAAUUCCUGUAGGUAUAUUUAUGUUUCUUUUUUAAAAUAAAGGUUGGUUUCCUACUACUGAAAAACAUAACUCUGAUAUCUGUAACAUCAAAAUUAUUAUUUUUCUGCAACACUCUUUGUAGGUAAGCCUACCAGCAGCCAUCCUUGUCAUUCUACACACACUGUCCUCUGCUGACAUUGUGGACCAAGUCUGAUUCUGAUAUAUUAGAUGUCAGUAGGAGGUUGAUUUCUUAUCCCCCCUCACACUGCAGAAGUGAAAAAUUACUUUUUGUUCAAUGAAUAUGAUCUUUGAGAACAAAUGUUUUUGUCUUGAUUAAUUUCUUUACUUCUCGACUCAUCUGUUUAGCAUGUAUCAUCUCUGAGUUGUGAACUAAAAAGUCAAGGAGCUUGCA